AUGAGCACUGUGACAACCGCCACAAUGGACGACUUUUUCCAACCUCUCAAUUUGGAGGCAACGCGCAUUCAUGACAAUCGACGAAUCAAAAAGAGCCAAGACGAGAUUCCUGUGCGAAGCAUGCGAUCGCGUUCCAUCCGAUUUGCCGAUGAAAAGGAAGAAGCCGAGCUCAUGUUGGAAACGAUACUGUUGUUUGAACCGGACGAUUCGUUCUGCGAAGCCUCUGUAGUGGAAGCCGUCAUGGAGGAUUUUUGUGUCGAAGACGAUGACGAUGACGACGACGACGAAUUUCACGAGGAUUCUGGUAGUUCGUUUGACAGUUGGGAAUUUGCGCACAACAAUUGCAACCCAAUGAACAUGCCAAUAGAUGAUGACGACGAUGAUGACGACGGUGAGCCGGCAUUGACAUUGGCGCAACUGGAACAGCAAGUUCGAGAUCAACAAGCCAAGGAACUCUUGGAAAAGAAACAACAACAGCAACAACAACAGCAACAAAACCAAGAAGAAACAAAAGAAAUUCCCGUCGAAAUCAUGGCCGCCAUGGGAGGAUCGUUCACAUCUGCCGACAAACCCGCAUUUAGCAGUGCUACUGCUAUGAGUCCCCUCAAUUCUCCUCUGAUCACCAAGGAAAAAUUGCGUGUCGGCGGUCGAAACCACGAUAGCAGCCUCAGCAUCCUCCACAACAACAACAAUAGCAGCAAUCUUCUCGAUGGCAGUGCGAACAAUCUCGACAGCAGCGCUCAUCUCAAUAGUAGUAUGCAUUCCGCAACCAAUCUCGAUGGCAGCACGCACAGUCUGAUCCGUCGCAAAAAGAAGAAACCCUCCCGGACCAUUUCCAGUCAUCGAGUGGUGCCGCGCAAUCCCAAUCCCAAUUUGCGACGCGCUCUACAGAAAAGUUCCAGUUUGCGAAUGCUCGAAGAAGCCGCCGAAAAUAGACGGGCCCGAGAAGACGAAAUUCAAAAACGUCAAGCGGCAGAGUCGGAACUCCAAAAGGUGCAGGAAGCCCAAGAACAAUAUCAACGACUCCAACAAGAUACGGCGGCGGCGGCGGGAAUGGUCAGUGCACGACGAGCAUCGUUUGAACCAAAUACGAGUACCAGUACUUCCAAAAAACAACAGUCCACUCCAAAAGAAGAAGAAGAAACCCAGAAAAAACAAGCCCUCACGCACGAUCACUUUGCCAUUCCGGCACCCCAAAAACCAAAAGAAGAAGAAGAACCGAAACCACAAGAAACCACGUCCACAAGUAGUCCCAAACGAACGGGACGUCGUGUCCUGCCGCGUCGCAAUCGAACGUUUGAUGGUGCGGGUGAUAGCAGUGACAAACCCAAAGCGACACGGGCACGGCCCAAACGAACCGUCUCCAAUUUUACAGGACCACGCAACACGGCAUUGCGGCGAGUGCGAACGGCGGAACCAUUGACGCGGAAAGCAACCCCACAAGAGAGUCAGCAGAAGCCAGAAGAAGAAGAAAAGAAAGAAUCUCCCAAAGAAGAAGAAGAAGAAACAACCACCAAACCAAUGGUCGUCACUGAGCAGAAACCCCAAAAAGUUGCUGCCACCGUCGCCGCCGCCAAGACACCUCAUCCCAAGGCAACCACGAAAGCACCAGCCGCGAAACCAUCGCGUCGAGCGUCCACGAUGACCAGUAUCCCCACCAAGAAACCUGUAGUCGAGACGACGCCUACUACUGCUACUACUGCUAUCCCUGACCCUCCGUCGCCUCGUCGAGUGUCCGCCUCGGGAGUAGCCAGUAUCAAGGCAAGAUUAGAACAACAAUCUGCGUCCGCGGCACAACACAAUGCCAAGUUGGAAGUGACCAAAGUCGCGGUAGUCAACAAGCCACGAAAGUCAAACACUACGGCUAGUACUACUACUAGUGCUAGUAGCACAGCUCUAACGACGGAAGAAAAAGCCAAACGCGUCACUGCCAAAUUGCCCAAAGCAGCCACACGUGGCUCCUCGACCACGACGUCGUCUUUGGUCAAAUCGGCACAAGAAAAGCGAUACAAUGAAAUUCGGGCCGUACAGGGACUCUCCAUGGUCGGCUCCAAUGCGUGGAAUCGCAAAACGCAACUCGUGGCGGAUUUGCAAAGGGCAACUCGAGGAUAUCUCGUACGACAAGUCAUUCAAACGGCACAAACCAAAAUCAAACAAUUGCAAAAACAUCUCAAGGCCAUGGAACGAGCCAAACAACAAGAACUGGAGUCCAUUCGGAACAGUCCGGAACUGCAGGCAUUGCGAGAAGAAUAUCAGGCUGCCACCAUGACACCGUCGCAACUCGAUUUGGAAAAGGAACAGCGGCAACUCCAAAAGGGCGUCACGGCCGUGCAAGAUUCCAAUGCCGAUAUUCAACAAAAAAUGGAAGAUUUGCACGAAAACAAUCGACGCAUUGCCCGGGCGACGCGGGAAUUAAAGUACACCACGGAUCGAUUAAAGGAACGAACGGUGUGUUUGCAGGCCACGCAAGAUCAAUUCCGCAACAAGGUGGAACAGCUACAAGCAAAAGUGAAAUCGCAAACGUUGGAACUCCAAAAGACAAUACGUCAAACGGAAACGGAGAAACAAGUCGGAUGGAUCUGUCAUUGUACCAUUUUGCAAGUUCGACAGCACACGAAAAUGGUGGCGUCGACAUCGCAGGACACCUUUUUGAGAAAGGUUCACAAACGGGCUCAAAUUCUCGAUCAACUCAGCAAGAAGCGUAGCAAGGCCGCCAAGGGCAAAAACGGUGGUGACGUCAAGCCGGAGGAAGUUUGCCCCGUCAUUUUGACUCUGUAA